AUGCGUCUCUUUGCCAUAUUUGGCACAAAUUUCGACGUCGGCCGAGACUUUAUUAACCCGACCUCCGCACCAUACCCGCGCCGCCCGAAGCCCGGUUCCCUGCCAUACGCACCUUCGGCCUCAAGGGCGUCCCGUCCUCCGGUGGGACGUGCGCGAGGUCCCGGAUAUGCUAGAACCCAGCACGGCACGCUCCAACUGAGUUCCGAGGAGAACAAGAAGGUUAUGCGAGAGCGCCGCCGGCGCCGGUUGGGGCUGCUGCCCUGGGACCCCUCGCAGUCGUUGAAGGUGUACGACCCGGCGGACGACCUCCUCAUCUUCCGGUACCUGUGGCGUGCGUACCCGAGCGUGGCACCCGUCUUGCGCUACGAGGACGCCGUACAGACGGGUCUGAGGCAGGUGAGGCGAUUCGCGGUGCCGCUGGGGAUGCUGGGCUGCGCGCACGGGAUGCAGCCUAUCCUGGAGGCGUUGGAGGGAGGACAAGGGAAGGGCGUCGCGAGCAGGGAUAAGACGCUCUACGUCGUGGUAGGAGAUCUGAUACCCUAUAUUAUCAGCUCGGGCGUCGAUCUCAGCCAUGCGUGUCCCCAUCGUAGGAUCCUGGAGCAAAUAUUGGACGGCAAGGUGGAUUACCCGCCGGCGACGGCAGAGGCGCACCGGUACUGCGUCAUGCGCCACAUCUGGAACAUCGACCACGAUCACGAUAGUCCGCUGCCCGAGUGUCUCGACUGGCCCGGACGUGAGCACUAUCACCAAUGUCAGCUGAUUUCGUAUUUCAUGCUCUUCAGGCGUUUCGUCCGGAUGCGUGGCGUGUUCCCGCACUCGUCCCAGGUCUACCUGGAGGUUCUGUGGAAGUUGAAGGCUUUGGGAACCCAAGUGGUCUUCAUCUAUCCUGAUCCGUUGUUUGAUCGACUUUGCUGA